UGUAUGUAUAUCUGUCUGUCUGCUUUCUUGACUUGUAAGACGUUUUAUAGUAAUUAUUUGUAAAAACUGUUUAUUCUAAAUUGAAAUAGAUGACAAUACAAAACCCCAUAAGAAAACUGUGAAUAAAAGAUGCAAACUAAAGACAAGACUACUUCCACUAAAAUUAGUGACAGCAAAUCCUCUUAAAUUUUGCUUCAUUUGACUUCAAACUCAUUGUUUUACUCUCAUUAUUUUCAUUCAAACCAUGUCUCAUAAAAAUCUUUGAAACUAUCGCUAUAUAUAAUGUAUUCAUGUUAUCUAGCAAAUUCUAAUAUCAGACAAAUGAGAUUUCAUUUAUUAAUGGAAAAGGCUAUCCCAAUGUGUGAAAGGAAUUAUUCUCUUUGUUAAACCAUGAAUCAACUGUGAUUAACCCCAAUGUUUGUGCUUUUUCUCUAAUCACAGCCAGGCCUGAGUACUGCCUUACCUGUAAAAUCAAGAAAUCACUUAAAUAGAACCUGCCUGACAACAUGAAGAUGGUUAAAAUAUCUCUAAAAUUAACACAUUAAAAAAAUCAAGAACAGAUAAGAAACAAAGUCCCUGACUAGAAAAUAGUGAGAGCUAUUUUCCACGAAUAGAGGAAAAACGGGGAACAAUGGCUGACAUACCCAGAUGACUCCAAGAGUGACACAUCCAGGAGUUCAGAGAACAAUACAAAACAACAGCAAAGGUUUGGUUGGUCUCACCUGGCUCGGUUAAGGUCACUGAUUCAACAAUAAGAAAAUGGGUAGAGAUACAAGGUGAAAACAAAACAAACAACAAAAAAAUAAAAACAACCAAACGAAAAAAAGAGCCUUCUCACAUUUAUCCAGUAUUUUGUGAUGAUCCCCGAGAUUUUAUGGAAAAUAUUCUUGACUAGACAAAAGUGGAACAAUUUGAAAGACAUGUAAAAUAAGAUAAAAUAUGGUCUAAAAUUACCAAAGCAUUUCAGAAACAGAAAAUCACACUCAAACAUAGUCGUGGUAGUGUGAUGGUUUGGGACCUGAACAACUUGCUGUAAUUGAUGAAACCAUGAAUUCUCCUCAAGGUCCAGAUGUAAAUCUGAUUGACGUAAUGUAUCAUGACCUUAAACAGGCUGUUCAUGCAUAAAAAUUCUACUGUGGCUUAAAUAACAUAAUUCUGGAGGAGUGGGUCAAAAAUCUUCCAGAGUGAUUGAAAUAACUGAUUGCCAGUUAUCAGAAAUGUAAGACGGCAAGAACGUUUCGUAGCACUCUAUAUGCUAGUAUUAGGACCUGUUCCCUUGGUAUAUGUUGGGAAGAUUUAAGCUUUGCAGAUAAAUUCUGUUAAUGAAUCUUAUAAAACAACACCACUGAUAACAUGGUCAAUGUAAUAAUUUAGCUGUAUAUCUCACCAGUGAAAGACAGUGUUUCUAAAGCUCUAGAAUAGGGCUAAUUCUGGGUUUCUAAACAUGUAAAAUUAGAUUUAUGCCAUUGAACAAAAAGUAAAAAUAAAAAAUCCUCCUGUCACAUAUCAUAUGAACUCCAUUUACCACAGAUGACAUUCCUCACCAUGUAUUCCCACAAGUUUGGAAGCCAAAUGCGAAAGUGAAGUACCUUAAAAUAAGAUGAAAAGCGUUAAUAAAGAGUGAAAAAGCGAAGCCUUCUUUUAAGAUGUACUAUGUCCAUUAAAAAAAAAACUAUUUUUGUGUCAAUAUCCUACUUCAAUCUUUUGACAAGUGAUGAGAGAGAAAUGGAUUUCAAGUAUCAUUCUCUAUCUUCCUGUUGAGGUUUGACUGCAUUCACUUUUGAUUUACUGUAUCUAUCAUUUUUUAUCCUUCUGCUGUCUCUAAGACCAUUUAUUGCAAAUUUAACCACCAAUUCCAAGUGAAUUAAAGUUAAAGGAUUUGAAUUAAAACUGCAUAAACAUUUUAAGAUGGGAUGGCAUCUAUCUUGGCUUAAAGCGGGGAGAACUUGAUGAACAGAGACUUUGCUCAUUCUACUUUUGUUUUGUCUACUUUGGAAACGACUUUAUCAGGUUUCUAUCCAUAAACUUUGGAAACCUGAUUCUGCAUAGAAAGUAUGUUAAUGUAAUUCACCUUUAUAUGUAGAUUAAGGGCAAAGCCUUGUUUGGAUAUGUUGGUCAUGGUAUCCCAUCAAAAGUUUGCUGUGUUAGAUGUGGGUGUAGCCCUCCUGAUUCACACAGAUGCAGUGAAAGGUGGUCAGUCCUUUCUUUGUGUGUGUGUUUUCCAGGUGUGUGUGUGUGGAUGUGUGAGAAGGUCAGACCAUAGGAAAGGCAUUUCAUGUCUGUCUGUUUAUAAGUGCAGAGCAGAGAUGUGUAAUCAUUGUGCUCUGGAACCAAUCACACUACCCAAGCUUAGGGACAUUGCAGUGUGUGCUCGUUAAGCUCUGACCGUCACCUGGCCUAAAUCGAGCUGCUUGACUGAGACUGUAACCAUGAGUGUUUCCCACGAGACCUGCCUUCUGGAUCAGGUGUUGGAGCUUAUUAUGAAUGAGAAGCCACCCAACAGUGCAAGUCUUUUCCUAAACGAGGACGCAGAAAAACCACGGGUGCUGGACAAAGCUGACCUCAGGAGGCGCCUUUGCAGAGCCAUGGAGAGAAGAGCAAGCAGCAUGAAGCAGAGGAUCGGCUCCAUCAGCAGAAAGAGCCUCAAAGGAUUUUUCAGGAGGAACCUGUUUGUUUUGUUCACCGUUGCUGCUGUGGCUUUGGGUGUAAUCUUGGGCUUUGCUCUACGCCCACACAACCUUUCCCUGAGGGAAAUAAAAUACUUCUCCUUUCCUGGGGAGCUCCUGAUGAGAAUGCUGAAGAUGCUGGUGCUGCCUCUUAUUGUUUCCAGUCUGGUCACAGGUAUCUCCUCAUUGGACAGCAAAGCAUCAGGUAAGAUGGGUGUACGUGCGGUGGUCUACUACAUGGUGACCACACUGAUCGCAGUGUUCAUCGGUAUCGUCAUCGUCAUGAUCAUCCGGCCAGGGAGAGGCAGCAGGGACAGUCCUAUGGUGAAAAAUGGAAAUAUUGAACCAGUUCAAGCUACUGAUGCUUUUCUGGACCUCAUCAGGAACAUGUUUCCCCCCAAUCUGGUGGAAGCAUGCUUCAUUCAGCAUAAAACAGUUUACAAGAAGAUUGUUCACACGAGGAAUGUGACGGUGACUCUGAACCUCACUGACUCUCUCAAUAUAACAGACCCUCACCUGGUGGAAAACUUAAGUAGGGUGCUACACCCCAUACAGGAGACAGUGGAGGAAACGGUUCCUGUGUCUGGCUCCUCGGCCGGAGUGAACGCUCUGGGUCUGGUGGUCUUCUCCAUGUGCUUUGGCCUGGUCAUUGGAAACAUGAAAGAACAGGGACAAGCUCUUAAAGAGUUCUUUGACUGCCUAAACGAGGCCAUAAUGAGGCUGGUAGCCAUCAUCAUUUGGUACGCUCCUGUUGGAAUUCUGUUUCUGAUUGCUGGAAAAAUAGUGGAGAUGAAGGACCUGGCAGAAAUGGGUGGUCAGUUGGGGAUGUACACUUUAUCUGUCAUUGUGGGUCUUCUGAUCCACGGACUCUUUGUCCUGCCGCUGCUCUACUUUCUGGUUACCAGAAGGAACCCCUACAGUUUCAUUGGCGGCCUGCUGCAGGCCCUUAUCACUGCUUUGGGGACAUCCUCUAGCUCUGCUACACUACCCAUCACUUUCCGAUGUCUUGAAGAAAACAAUCACGUUGAUAAACGGGUGACACGCUUUAUCCUUCCUGUGGGUGCCACCAUCAACAUGGAUGGGACUGCCCUCUACGAGGCUGUGGCGGCCAUCUUUAUUGCUCAAGUCAAUGGCAUGGACCUGAACUUUGGGCAGAUUCUCACCAUCAGUAUCACAGCAACGGCUGCCAGCAUCGGAGCAGCAGGCAUCCCUCAGGGUGGCCUGGUGACCAUGGUGAUCGUAUUGACAUCGGUGGGACUGCCCACGGAGGACAUAACACUGAUCAUCACUGUGGAUUGGUUCUUAGAUCGUUUGCGCACAACUACCAAUGUGCUGGGUGAUUCGCUUGGUGCCGGCAUUGUGGAACACCUUUCACGUGAAGAACUACAGAAUCAAGAUGCUGAUUUGCGCAACUCUGUGAUUGAGGAGAACGAGAAGCCGUACCAGCUCAUCUGCCAGGACAAUGACACUCCCAACAACCUGAACAACGAGACCACAAUGUGAGGACAGUUGUUUUCUCCGAAAAUGAACUUUACAAUAAAACUUCAGUUAAAAGUGAGUGAGUGUCUUUGACAUAAAUAACUUUCUUAAGGACCUUAAUAGUAAACAACAAAUAAGUCAACUGUGCAGCAUCUUGUGCUGCUUCAUUUUUAAUGAGGCUUUCUGAUAAAAAUGUUAGUCCUAUCCAAGAAAGUAUAUAUAUAUAUAAUAUAUAAUAUAAUAUAUAAGUUAAAUGCUGUUCUGACUGAAGUCCAGUUUUCAGCCAUAUUUGGGUGAGUUAUACAGCUCAUAGUUAACACUUCAGGCUUUAUGAAUUCACUGUUUUUCUCUACUUGCAUUACAUCUGAGCAUUGAGGCCCUUUCUUUAACAGGACCAGCAUUUACUACAAACGUUAUUUCCUUUGAAAACUCCCACUUUUGUCAUUUUCAUCUUGACUACUCUAAUGGGAGUUUUAUGAGUUUUUACCAAACACCUGAAAACACUCUAGUUCAGCAGGUUGUAAAUAUAAAUUACUGAGUUGUUUUCUUCAUGGGUCAAAACUAAUUUGAUUUAAGUUUUCCUACACAAUUUAAUUCAGACUGACUUUGGAUGUACUUGGCUGCUUAACACUGGGAAAAGGCAAAAAGGACUUAAGUGUGGUGACUUGAUAUAAUGGAUUUUUCACACUGUGCUUUCUUAUAGAUGUUUAUUUGACACCCGAUAUUUAUUUGGUGCUACUGUGACCCAGUAAAGUCACAGAAUUAGCUACAGCAACAAUGCUAUCACUGUUUUUUAUUAUCUUCCAUUCACAACACUGUGUAACUAAGAUUGUGGAGGUUUUGCGUUUUCUUGUAUUUUAUGUAAUUGUAUCAAGUAAACCAGUAACUUAACAUUGUUACAUGAAAACUAAAACAGAAAUCUGCAUUGACUGUUCUUGAUGGUUUAUGGAAGAGUACUGUGAAAAAAUAUUGUAAAAGCUUUGAGAUGUUGAAUACAAAUGCAUUUCUUUACUGGUGAGUUCAAGGCUUUUGUGAGUUUGUGCAAUGUGUUUUUGUUCAGAAAUAAGGCUUAGUUUUAAUGCUUGUUGUUACUAUGAAUAAAACAUUAUUUUCUAAGGAAGAGCAGCUCUAGAUUUCAAUGGAGAUUGUAUGAAAAAUUUGAUGAAUAAAUGUCUCAGGAACUGAAA